AUGAAGUGUCAAUAUCAUGAAGGAUAAGUCAAGACUCAUAUCUGUCUUAAAGGCCUAUGUAAACAUGCUGUUCUAUGUCCUAUUUGUAUAGUCAAAGAUCAUCAAAAUCAUAUGACAAUUGAACUCUUAUAAUUUAAAAGAUCUGUUGCCAACAUGAUUUUACAGCAUGAUAAUCCUAAACCAUUAGAUAAUCUCACUGAAAUAACUAAUUAAAUUGCUCAAUUUGAUUAAUCUCUUUAAGAAAACCUUAAAUUAUUAUAUUAAAAAAGAAAAGAAACUAUCGAAUUUGAUCAAUUUUAGAAAGUUGAAGGGAUUCUCAAAGUAGAACAUCCUACCAAUUCAUAAUAAAUGGCUUUAAAAAAAGUUGGAUAACAUAUGCUUUUUUAUAAAGAUUAAUCUAAUUAAUGGACAUUUUAAAUAAUUGCUGAUAAUCAUCAAUAUAAGAUUUGGGAUAAACUAAUCUAAGAUUUAAGGAAUCAAGUUAAAGAACAAACAUAUUAAUUAUCAAAUAUAUUAGAUUCUUUAUAAAAAUUCUCUACACUUAUUGAUAAUGAACUCAAAUCUAAAAGAAUCAUUAUUCCCAACAAUAACUUAGAAAUUUCUAAUGAUAAUUUAAGUAUAUAUAAAAAGAUUAAAGCUGAAGGACGAGAACAAGAUGUUCAAUAAAUUUAAGAAGAUAUUCCUAAAGCUGAAUAAUAAUAAUCUAUCAGAUUACUUAGAAUGCUUGAAAAUAAUUCUGAGAGUGAAGAUUCAGAACCAAAAAUUAUUCAUCAAAUCUAAUAAUAAAAAAUUAAUCCAUAAUCUUAAUCUGUAUAAUAGUUAUAAUAACAAUCCUUCUUGUUUGUUUAACCAGACAGAAAAUAUGUUUCAGUCACUGAAUAAUUUAAGGAUUCAAAAUAAGGGUAAGUUAGAGAAAAAAGAAAAUAUGUUAAAAAAGCUGAUAAAUUAGCAAUAAUGGGUUAAAAGAGGGUUUAUAGAAGAAAAACAUAUGAUAGAUUUAAAUUUAAUACAAAUUAAUGUAUUGCAGUCUUUAGAGAAAUGUUAGAUUGA